GUGAGCAGACCUCUCCUGGAUCCUGCAGCCAUGCGGCUCCUCUGGGGGCUGACCUGGGUGUUCAGCUUCUUUGCCUCAUCCCUGCAGAAGCCCAGGUUGCUCCUGUUUUCCCCUUCUGUGGUUAAUUUGGGGACCCCCCUAUCGGUGGGGGUACAGCUCCUGGAUGCCCCUCCAGGACAGGAGAUAAAAGGAUCAGUGUUCCUCAGAACCCCAACGGGUGGCUCCUGCUCCCCAAAGAAGGAAUUUAAGCUGAGCUCGGGAGACGACUUUGUGCUGCUCAGCCUUGAGGUCCCACUGAAAGAUGUGAGGAGCUGUGGCCUCUUUGACCUGCGCAGAGCCCCCCACAUCCAGCUGGUAGCUCAGUCUCCGUGGCUAAGGAACAUAGCAUCCAAAGCCACAGAGACCCAGGGUGUCAACCUGCUCUUCUCUUCCCGACGAGGCCACAUCUUUGUGCAGACCGAUCAGCCUAUCUAUAACCCUGGGCAGCGGGUUCGUUACCGGAUCUUUGCACUGGACCAAAAGAUGCGCCCAUCCACUGAUUACCUCACCGUCACAGUGGAGAACUCCCGUGGCUUCCGUGUACUCAAGAAGGAGCUAUUUUCUUCCACAUCCAUCUUCCAAGAUGACUUCAUCAUUCCAGACAUCUCAGAGCCUGGGACCUGGAAGAUCUCAGCUAGGUUCUCAGAUGGACUGGAGUCCAAUAGGAGCACCCACUUUGAAGUAAAGAAAUAUGUCCUUCCCAACUUUGAGGUGAAGAUUACUCCUUGGAAACCAUAUAUCCUGAUGGUGCCCAGCAACCAUGAUGAAAUCCAGUUAGACAUCCAGGCCAGGUACAUCUAUGGGAAGCCCGUGAAGGGUGUGGCAUACACACGGUUCGCGCUCAUGGAUGAGCAAGGGAAGAGGACCUUCCUUCGGGGCCUAGAGACCCAGAGUAGGUUGGUGGAAGGCGAGACCCACAUCUCCAUCUCGAAGCACCAGUUGCAGGCUGCCCUGGAUAAAAUCCAUAUUGAGGUCAGAGACCUGGAGGGGCUGCGUCUCUACACUGCUACAGCCGUCAUCGAGUCUCCAGGAGGAGAGAUGGAGGAGGCUGAACUCACGUCCUGGCACUUUGUGACAUCUGCCUUCUCCUUGGAUCUCAGCCGCACUAAGCGGCAUCUUGUGCCCGGGGCCCACUUCCUGCUGCAGGCCUUGGUCCGAGAAAUAUCAGGCUCUGAAGCCUCCAACGUUCCUGUCAAAGUCUCUGCCACCUUGGUGUCGGGCUCUGACUCGCAAGUCCUCGACAUUCAACAGAGCACCAAUGGAAUUGGCCAAGUCAGCGUUUCCUUCCCCAUCCCGCCAACCAUCACAGAACUCCGGCUCUUGGUGUCUGCGGGCUCCCUCUACCCAGCCAUAGCCAGGCUCACUGUGCAAGCUCCACCUUCAAGAGGCACUGGCUUUCUGUCUAUUGAGCCACUAGACCCUCGGUCCCCUCGUGUGGGGGACACCUUCAUCCUAAACCUUCAAGCUGUGGGCAUCCAUGCACCUACCUUCUCUCAUUACUACUACAUGAUCAUCUCCAGAGGCCAGAUCAUGGCUAUGAGUCGGGAGCCCCGGAGGACCGUGACCUCCGUCUCCGUGUUGGUGGGCCAUCAGCUGGCUCCCUCGUUCUACUUUGUGGCCUACUUCUAUCACCAAGGACUCCCAGUGGCCAACUCUCUGCUCAUCAACAUCCAGCCCGGGGACUGUGAGGGCAAGUUGGAAUUGAAGGUGACUGGUGCCAAGGAGUAUCGUAACGCAGACAGAAUGACGCUCCAACUUCAAACGGACUCCAAAGCCCUGGUGGCACUGGGAGCUGUGGACACGGCUCUGUAUGCUGUGGGUGGUCGAUCUCACAAACCCCUUGACAUGAACAAGGUCUUUGAAGUAAUCAACAGCUACAACCUUGGCUGUGGUCCUGGAGGUGGGGAUGAUGCCCUUCAGGUGUUCCAGGAUGCUGGUCUGGCCUUUUCUGAUGGUGAUCGACUAACUCAAACCAGAGAGGACCUGAGAUGUCCCAAGGAGAAGAAAAGUCGGCAAAAGCGAAGUGCUAACUUCCUGAAGGCUGUCAGUGAGAAGUUGGGCCAGUAUUCUUCUCCAGACGCCAAGCGCUGCUGCCAAGACGGGAUGACGAAGCUGCCCAUGGAGCGUACCUGUGAUCAGCGGGCUGCCCGCGUGCCUCAGCCGGCCUGCCGCCAGCCCUUCUUGUCCUGUUGCAAGUUUGCUGAGGACCUUCGCAGGAACCAGACCAGGAGCCAGGCGGGCCUUGCCCGAGACUAUCAGGACGUGAUGCAGGAGGAGGAUCUGAUAGAUGAAGAUGACAUUCUCGUGCGCAGCUACUUCCCAGAGAACUGGCUCUGGAGAGUGGAACAAGUGGACAGCUCCAAACUGUUGACAGUGUGGCUUCCUGACUCUAUGACCACAUGGGAGAUUCAUGGUGUGAGCCUGUCCAAAAGCAAAGGCCUGUGCGUAGCCAAGCCAACUCGUGUUCGAGUGUUCCGAAAAUUCCACCUGCACCUGCGCCUGCCUGUCUCCGUCCGCCGCUUUGAGCAGCUUGAAUUACGGCCUGUUCUCUACAACUAUCUGAAUGAUAAUGUGACUGUGAGUGUCCAUGUAACCCCAGUGGAGGGGCUGUGCCUGGCUGGUGGUGGAAUGCUGGCCCAGCAGGUAACAGUGCCUGCAGGUUCUGGCCGGCCUGUGGCCUUCUCUGUGGUACCCACAGCUGCUGCCAACGUGCCCCUCAAAGUGGUGGCUCGAGGGGUUUUUGACUUAGGGGAUGCUGUGUCUAAGAUUCUCCAAAUUGAGGUGAGUGACGCCUGGAAAUCUAGCCACCCCACUCCCCGGGCUCCCAGCCAUUUAACAUUCCACAGGUCAGGCCAUGGCUCUGCACUCAAACCCAGUACAUGGAUAAACUUACAAUCCACUAUUGUGACUCAACUGUGUCCCAGAAAUUGUUUACGUGUAUUGAGACAGAGGUUAGCUACAUAGCCCAGGCUUGCUUCAAACUCACUCUGUAGUCCAGGCUGGCCUUGAACAUUCAGUAAUGCCUUUGCCUUCGGAAUUACUGUCACACCUGCCCGGCUGUCUCGGAAACAGUUUGUUCAGCUUUAUGUUCUUUGUGUGCUCAUGGGGGUUAAGUCCAGGACCUUGAAAAAUGGUAGAGAAGUGAGCUGAGUCCCCGUUUCUGUCUACGAAGUUCACACGCCAAGACCCAGGGAUGUCUACCCGGUAGGGGAGGCUGUAGCCCUGGUUAAUCCCCCACUCUAUUUUUCAAUUGAGACAGAAGGAAGGGUGUGGGGAGCCGCCCUCACAUUCGCCAUUACAAGAUAGCGCUGA